AUGGAAAUUGUAACGCACAGAAAAAAAGCUGAUCUCAAAAGUGAACUGACUGUUUUGCUUCCAACUGAAUUGCUUUUAAAAAAGUUAGCUUUUAACAAACUGAUAAGUCCUGGUGCAAUGCAUCCUGUUUUGAGUGAUAAAUUCCUGUUUCCUUCCUUCCUCCGCACGUUAACUGUAAACAAAUUUCAAAAUACAGCCCUGGCUUCUUUGGUUGAACUGUUUAAUUGGACUUGGGUAGGACUUUUAACAGAAGACAGUGACAGUGGUGAUGUAAGUAGCCAGGAAAUACUGUCUGAGAUUGAGAAUACUGGUGGAUGUAUUGCCUUUGAACAAAAAAUCAGUGUGCUUUACUCAGAGGAAAAAUUUAUUGAAAUCAUUGAUGUGAUUCAGAGUUCAUCAGUGAAUGUAAUAAUUAUCAACAGUGAUGAAGUGCACACAAAAGUUUUACUGGAUUACCUUUAUAUGCAAAAUGCAACUGGCAAAGUUUUGGUUUUGUCUGCAUUGUGCAUCAUUACUCCAGGACUGUUUACAAAAGAGACUUGGAGAUUAUUGAAUGGUGCUAUAGGGAUCAUUCCUUAUUCAACAAAACCGCCUGGAUUUGAUGAGUUUCUAAGCCAUCUGAAGCCAUUGACUUCUCCGGAAAACAUCUUCUUGAAAGCAUUCUGGGAAAAGGCCUUUAAUUGUAAAUGGUCAGUUAAUGGUGACCCAGAUAUACAUCCUACAGUAAAUGUGAAGGAAGAGUUAUGUACAGGAGAAGAACUGAUAGAAGACCAUAUCACAGCUUUGUUUGAAUUAAAUGACUUAAGUUACACAUACCACACAUUUAUUGCUGUUUAUGCUUUGGCACAUGCCCUAGAUAAUUUAGCAUCAUGUACACCUGGAAAGGGGCCAUUUGCUAAUCAGUCUUGCGCUACUGUUCAUGAUGUACAGCCAUGGCAAGUCCUCCAUUACGUGAGGAAUGUCAAAUUUACAACCGUGACUGGUGAUUAUAUAUUUUUUGAUGAAGAAGGGGAUGCAAUAUCCAUGUUUCACAUCAUUAAUGUACAGAUACUGUCAGAUGAAAAUUUUGAAUUUGUAAAAAUUGGUCAGAUCAACCCACUAGCACCACUCGGUGAAGAAAUUUAUAUCAAUAUGACAGCCUUUGUAUGGAAUGAUGAAUAUAAUCAGGAAGAUACAAGUGACUGCUCUAAUUGCCCAAAAGACCAAUGGCCCUCUGAAAAUCACGAGAGGUGUAUUCCAAAAUCCAUCGAGUUCCUUAAGUAUGAGGAAUUUUUGGGAGCACUUCUGGCCACCAUUGCCAUCUUCUUCUGUUGUGUUACUGUUGUUAUUAUCUGUAUAUUUACAAAAUAUAUUAACACGCCAGUGGUCAAGGCCAACAACCGUGGACUCAGCUAUCUCCUCCUUCUUACCAUCAUGCUCUGCUUCAUCUGCUCUUUCAUAUUCAUUGGCCGUCCAACAAAGGUGACAUGCAUGUUACGUCAGACUGUUUUUGGGAUUGUAUUUUCCAUCAGUGUAUCUGCUGUAUUGGCUAAAACUAUUACAGUAGUCAUCGCCUUUAAAGCUUCACGCCCCAACAGCAAGCUAAAGAAAUGGAUGGGACCUAAGAUUCCUUUCUCUUUUGUAUUUUUUUGUUCACUUUUCCAAGUUAUCAUAUGCUUUGUUUGGCUUUUGCUUUACACCCCCUACCCAGAAUACACUACAGAGACCGAUUUAAGUGUUAUGAUAUUUGAGUGCAAUGAAGGUCAAGACAUAUUUCUGUAUUGUAUGCUUGGUUACUUAGGUAUCUUAGCUUUUCUAACAUUAACAGUCUCCUUCCUAGCAAGAGCAUUACCUAAUAGCUUCAAUGAGGCCAAGUACAUCACCUUUAGCAUGAUAGUUUUUGUUAUUGUAUGGCUGUCCUUCAUCCCUGCGUACUUGAGUACGCAGGGGAAGUAUAUGGUUGCAGUGGAAAUAUUUGCUAUUUUGUCUUCUAGUGCUGGAUUGCUAAGUUGUAUAUUUUUUACAAAAUGCUAUAUUAUCAUACUGAGACCAGACCUGAAUACUAAAAAGUACUUAAUGGCUAAAUAA